GAUCAAAUUGAGCAUCUCCACCAGGCAGCGAGGAUGGCAGGCAAUUGAUUGAACGCCUUCCCUGCGGUCCCGUCUGGUCAGGCUAUCCCUCGCCAACAUGCUCAAAAGACGAGCGUCGCCUAGGCAGGAGCUGUCGGUUAGGCUUUACUUCAAGCGCUAGACCGUUGGUGGAAACGCAGAACAUGUCGGACGAAGACCAGCCGCAGCCUGUCAAGCGGACAGGGUCACUUCCUGUCCCUGAAGGCUACCGCUACCUGCGCAAUCGGAGACCCCCGACCCUCCAGAGGGAGCAGGAGUCCGGGCUUGGCGAGCAGUCGGCGCCGGCCCAUCACCGCCUGGUCUACAGCUACGUCCAGCCCAGCCCGUACUAUUCCAGCGCCCCCGGCGGCCGAGAGUACGGCGCUGCGCUCCCGCCACCGCUGCCGUCUGCGCCCGUCUAUGGCUACUACCCGAUUCCGAACCCCAGCCUGGGCUGGCCGCGCGAGCCGGGCGAGUACUACUCGUCGGCCGACACCCGCCCUCCGCCGCCGCCGCCGCCGCCGCCGCCCCUGAGGCGCGCGAGCCGCGAGUACCUGCACGAGUCGAGGCGCGAGGCGCAGCGACGCCCGUCGCAGGACCAGCAGCGCCGCUCGGCCACCGCCGUCCCCCGGAGCCCGUUCGCGGCCGCCCCGCCCCCGGUGGUCCGGGAGCACACUAGGAGCGCGCCCGACGAGGAGGACCUCUACUCGGAGCCCCUCGCGUACGAGGAGAGGCCGGCGCGCGCGCGCAGCGCUAGCCUGCUGAGCGGCGGUGACGACGACUACGAGCGUUACUCGGAGGUGCAGUUCCCGCACCACCGCCCCAGCCGGCGUCUCCGGCACUCGCGCUUCUACGACGGGCCCGGCGGCGGCGUCGCCGACAGCGACAGCGACGCCUUCGACGACUACGAGGGCUUCCUGGGCACCACCAAGGCCUUCGAGUUCACCCCCUCGCGCUCGUCGUCGCGCUCCCGCGUCCUGAGCGAUGAUAGCGCCGUCGGCUCUGACCGGGAGCAGUCCCCCGCCCGGCCCGCGCCGCCCGGCCAGGUCAUCGACGGGGUCAUUUCCGACCACCAGAAGGCCGGCGCCGGGAUCUUGAACGUGUACGAGAGCCGGUACACGGGCGACGCGCUAUCGGAUGGCGCCCACGCCGUGAAGCUCACGGUUAUGCACGACUCCAAGAGCACGAGGCAUAGGCAGGCUCUUUUUAGGUGGCUGCAUGUGAGACAGAAUAUGAUGGACUUUCAAGAGCUUUCGAACGCGGUUACAGCAAUCCCAGAUCUGCCCGAUGGGGACCGCACCGUUCUUGUCAAGCUCCUCACAGAAGUCAAAAGAAACUAUAUCAAAACAAAGCAGACUAACAAAGGCUCCAACGUUCGGUUCAUGGAGCCCAGAUACUUCCAGCUGCCGCUCCCAUCAGAGGACAGCGCCAAGGGGCAGAGCUCAAGGCGACGGACCAUCACAUGGAUCUGCAUCCCUUACUUCUCGCUCGAGAAAUACGCCGGCCUAGGAUCCGCAACAAUGGCAUCUCAGUAUCCAAACCAGGCCCUCCUACAGGCACAGUACAGCCGCAUCAACAGGGAGCGCGACAUGCAGCAGGCUGUUUGCCAACUCGGGGGCAGCCUGGCGCCGGGAUCUUGCUUCCACAUCAGUCAGCUCUGGUGCAUCGUCAUUGACAACUCGUUUCUCAUCACAUGUGGCUCCAUGACGGAGGCGACGCUUCGAGGAGAACUGAUAACUAUUGUCAACGAGCCCACUAGGAAUGGCCGCGGCCCCAACAACGGGCUAGCCAGAAUCCUCGUCGCGUAUGGAGAGGCGGUUCUCUGGGCGAUCCCGGUCCACGAGUGCGAAACUUGGUUUUCCUUCUUGACCUACUUCCACGACUUCUGGCCACAGGCGCUCCGAUUCUGCCACCACGAUCGUCCAAUCUGUGAGGAUGACUGGCCACGUAUCAUAAACCUAGCCAAGAGGUCAAACUCGACCGUCACCCUCAGCCUAAAGACCGUUGACCCUCCGCAGCCGCCUGUGCGUGGCGUCCUCGGGGGGAAGGGCCCGGACGCAAUACCUUCGCUCUCGGCCGAGAAUUCGGCCGUGUCAGCGUCGGCUGCCGAAGGCCUGAAACCACCCAAGGGAACGAGUACAGAUAAGGCCAAACCAGAGCAGGACAAAAACGACAAAAAAGCAGAAGUCGACCUGCACCAGAGCUUCCACGUGUUUACGUGGAUGGAAACUGUGCUCGUGUCCACGGGAACCGCACAGCCUUGGGUCGACAAAGAGGCGCUUGAAAAACAGCUAAAGGAGGUUGAUGACUACCUGUGCAGAGGCACCAGCUUCACGGACAAGAAGGCGUAUACAGACUGCGAGGAGAACACCCGGGAGUCCCUAUUCCAGUACCUCGAGCAACAAGGGGCCGAGAUGGAGAGGCUGAGGAAUGCGUCCUCAAAGAAGCGCGGGUACGAAGAACGCAUCGACAUCUUCAACGCAGCAGACAUGGUGUUUCAGUUCUUCUUCCCGCUGGAUAUCGAGGCACCGACCGUCAAGAGAUAUUGGGGAGCCGUCUCUGCCCUGAUCCAGCUCUCCUCGGCGGAUAUGAAGGCCGCGGCCGGGAUCAGAAGACGACGGCAGUCGGACGCUGCGCCCCUGAAUGCGCCCAUGGUGCGCAAGGUCCUCAGGCAGCUCACGCAGCCCAUCCAGUCGUUCAAGACGGUGCUGGCGCAUGCGCACCAUCGAGACCGGGCCAGGGUCGUCGUUCCGAACCAGUUUGUGCAGGCCUGGCUUCACCUCCUGAUGGGGCUCAUCCACAGCUCCGCUGACGGCUACGUGUGGCGUGAUCACUUUGAGUUCGCCGAGGGGUUGAUCAGAUCUGCCAUGCGCGAGGUUGUCGAUGGGCUGUCGAGUGUGGACUUGCUCGACAGGGCCGUGAUUGGGCCCAUGGAGCUCGUUUCCACGAUUGGGCUCUCGCUGUUCCGAGAUUUCACAGGAAAUCACAUGGACAUCAGCGAGACAUACUCGGAGUAUCUCCAGUCGCUGGAAUCCGACAUCACGACGAAACCCUCGGAUCGCUACACCCAGCACCGCAUCAACCUCCUCAAGCAAGAGCUCCUCAUCAUCAAGCGAACCAUAGUUAUGCAGAUAGCUAUCUCAGGCAUCCUAUUCCCCGGAACCUCGAGAUCCGGCGACUCUUGGGAGACGUGGGCCAAGGUAUCGAGACAGCGCGGCUACCACGACGAGACGACGCGCCGCCUCGCCCACAACCAUCAGCCCGUAUCUCGGGUCCGACAUCCGGGGCCUGGGCCGGCGUCGCCCGAGGGAUACGCAAUGCGGAGCCAUCGCAACCACGCCACCAACUACUACCAGUCCGCCCCGGCCCGCAGGGGGGAGAGGGAAAACAUGUACGCGUACGGGUACCAGGACGAGGCCUCGGACGGCGAGACCUGGACCGGCGACUACGGCGCCGCGGCUGCCGACGUGGCGCAGGGGAACGUCAACGAGUACUGGAGGCUGUCCCCCACGUGGCGGGGCGGCUUCCGCGGUCUAUUAUCGCUCGACUGCUUCCAAAUCCUGCAACGCAAGGCCCAAGAGUUGGACGAGUUCCAGAUCCAUGCCGAGUCGCUCGAGGAAGACAACCUGAACAAGGUGGAGCUCAACAAGGACCGUCAAGAGAUGGCCAUUUACGUCUUCACCCUCGUGACGGUCGUAUUCCUACCACUGUCGGCGGUGGCCUCGGUGUUUGGCAUUAACACGGCGGACAUCAGGGACACGGAGUUGACCCAGUGGGCUUAUUGGGCCGCCGCGAUACCCGUCACGGUGGCCGUCAUCGUGCUGGGGCUGUGGUGGAUGGGCGAGCUGGGCAACAUGUUCGGCUGGCUCGGCUUCAGAGGGAAAGCGUCAGGGGAGUACGCGUCGUGGGUGCCAUCGAGCAGGGGCGGGUGGUACGACGGAGGAGGAGGAGCAGCAGCAGCAGGCCAGGACUCGUCGUCGCCGUCGGCGCCCGGCGGGCCCCUCCCGGCCCCGGUCACCUUUCCCAGCCAGCGCCUACUGAGAAUCGCCGGGGUCAACGGCCUGAGCCGCAGGAGUCAGGGGCGGAGGGCGGACUACCGCUAAUAACGGGCAUUCAUCGAGCGGGACCUAUCGCGCGCUGUUUGCCUGCCCACCCGACUGACCGCCCACCCUCCCACUAUCGAUGGACUAUCUAUUUACAGCACGCGCGGGUUGUUUUGCCGCCCUUCCGCCCCCCCGCAGCAUGGGCUCAUUAUCGACCUUCUUGAGGCGGGCCAAGGCGAGGGCGGACCCGAAAGCGAGGCCUUGUCGUCCGGAAACGGCACUGGAUCGUACGGCAAAGACCCCUGCAGUGCAACCGGAGCCAGCCUAACGGACGAUGAUCGACUUCUGGCCCCUCUUUUUCCCACCUUAAUCAUGCCCCCUGCAAUUCGAGAUCUCGAUUAUCUGCUCAGUUUCGCUGCAAGCCGUCAAUGCCGUUGGACCAUCCAGAUAGCCAGGCAGGUGCGUUUUUCACUUGACCACGGGAUUUAUGGGGCGCUUGGAAUGGUCGAGAAGCCCGCAAAGGUAAUAUGGGAGAGCAGGGGAGGGUAUAAUAGGAACUACCACGGAUAGGAUGGCCCGUGUUAGCGCCACGGCAGUUUGGAUAAAGCCGGUGAGGGACGUUGGGUUUGAAAAGAGGGUGACACAAAGAUGCGAUUUGGGAUUUGGGGCAGCAAAUAACAACGGAAGGGCCAAGUUGGAUAGAUACGUGGCAAAAAGAAGAAAUAGGGAAGGCUUAUGACCCGACACACAAAUAUCAAAGUCUGCCUGUGCCUGGUCUUUGGACCACCUCGA